CCCAUGGGGAGGGUUUCCAGCAUCCUCUAGAGAUCAAAGGGUGCGGAAGGGAGGCGGACGCCUUCCUGGAAAGGAAGUGGGUCGGCCUCCGCUGAAAAGCAAGCCCAACACCAGGAGGAGGAGAUUCCGGAACUGGAUGUAAAAAGCCUUUCUUCCUGGAGCUUUCCGGACCCAAUUAGACGUGGUACCCGGUCCGGUUACCCUGGUAACAGGCGUCGCGGUUUGUCAAGGAACCGAAAGAGGAGUCCUAUCUUUCCACAGACUCAAGAGGCCUAUUUACCUUAAUCAUGGAGUCUUCCUCAAAGGGUCUGCUCACCCAAGUUACUCAAUUCUGGAACCUCCUAGACGAUCUGGCUGAAAGUAAUCCUGAGAGCUACAAGAAGUUCAUUGAACAGCAGCUGAAAGAAGGGAAGCAGCUCUGUGCCACCCCAGAACCACAGCUCUGUCUACAAACCAGGAUCCUAAAACCCAAGGAAAAAGUACUUUUUAUUAACCUGUGCCAGUGGAAAAGGAUCCCAGCUCCCCAGUCAGCCACUCAUCCAGUACCUCUAAAGGUUGGCACACCAGAAGAUAUCUCUGAGACAUCAGAUGUUUAUACAGUCAUCGAUGUUGCCUACAAUCCUGAUGUUCUCCAGGCAGCAGAAAAGGACCAAGUAAAAAAAGAUCAAUUAAUACGGAUGGCCAUGAAAUGCAUUGAGGAACAAUUCCAGUUCACUCUCUCACACUCUUACAGUAUCACUAAAUUUAGAAUAAAAGGAAGCAUUCAAAGGAUGAAACAAAAUCUGAUGGGAAUACAAGCUGACCCCACAGAUUUAAGAGAGAAAAUGAGAAAGGAACUAACCCUUGAACAGAUAAGUAGUACUGUGAGCAAUCCAGAUCACUUUCAGCUUUUAUUGCCAAAAGGUGAAGUUUCAAGCAAAGCAAGGUGUCUGAUUGAGGAGAUUUCCAGUACAGAGACCCAGGUAGAGAUGAAGGAACCAGCCUAUGAAUUAAAAACUGUGGCUGACCAGAAUGAUAAACCUCUGGAAAUUGAAAUAAAAGUCGAAUUACCUGGUAUUAAUUCCAUAUCUCUCUGUGAUCUUAGUGUUUCUGAGGAUGAUUUAUUGAUUGAGGUCUCUGAGAAGUACAGAUUACAUCUGAAUCUUCCAGAAUUUGUGGAUACUGAAAUGACUACAGCCAAAUUUAUCAAAGAGAAAGCUACAUUAAUCGUCACAAUGCCAUUGGCGUAAGAAGAGCAUCAUCUGCUUUGGGUUUUCAGUGCUAAAGGCAUGUGAAUGAGAGGACCUUUAUAAUGGGUGAAGAGGUAGUGGUUUACCUUAAACACCAGUACUUUCUAAGAAUUCUUUUUGAUGGAGUGAGAUUCUCUCUUCAACUUUUUUUUUUUUACUCAAAUUUGGCUAGACAGAAACUAUUAUAAUGGUAUUGCCAUGAUAUACUUGUUUUGAAGCUAUUUCUAAUGGUCUUAAAGUAACAAAUUGUCAUUUGUGAAAAUUCUUGGCUUACUGGUUGAAAUUCUGGUUUACCUGGUUGUCUCUAGCAAAUUUUUGCAUCAGGAAUAAGUUUCAAACUGUGUGAAUUUUCUAUUACAAAGAAGAACUGAAGCAGUGAAAGUUUCCUUCAGCUAUGAAUUUACAGGGCCAAUGUAGUAGUAUGCAAGCCUAUGCUUCUAUGAACAUCUGUACUACUAUAAAACAGUUCUGAUGGGAGGAGUCCAAGUUACCCAGAUCUUCUAAUAUCACAGAGACUGGUCUGUGGACUGGAUACCACAAUGCAGUUAACAAUAACAGGAUGUUAUUGUACAGAAGAUGCAAAAUACAUCUAACCCUAAGAAAAAGGAUGUGACUUUGGGACAAGUGCCAUUCCCCUAUGAAAAUAAUUUUUAAAAGACAAAAGCAAUGUAUUUACCAACUUCCAUUCAUCUGUCAGAUGGUUGUUCAAUACAAAGGUAUUAACUUUAAUGUUCACAUCAAACUUUAAACAUCCUUAAUCAUUUUUCCUAGAUACAGUACAGCUUCCUUGUAAUAGUUUCUAAUUCAACAUAAGGUCUUUAAAGUCCUUAUUACUUUCAAAGCUUUUAAACUUAGAAACUAAUCUAGUAUCUAGAAUAGGAAGACUUGAUAUGUGAUAUUUAGAAAUAUAUGAUGUCCUAAAGUAAACACAGCUAUUAUAUUCUCUUCCAUCAAAAAAAGUUGGAAUGCUUUCACCUUACUUUCUCUUCUACAAAAUCACUGCCAAUACUUGUCCUACACACUCCUAUACCCAACCAUAUAGAAGUGGUUCAAUCUCUGCUCUGGCACUCUUGGUAUCUGGGUGUUACUUUUGCCAGCAGCUUAGUGUUUGUAUACUCAUUAGUAAAAUGUGUUUCAAAAUCUAGCAUUCUUCAUUUUAAAUUUACAUACUUAUUUUCCAAAAUAUUUUACUUAUUUCAGUGGAUUUUUAUAUUCAUAAAAACCUCUCCUCCCUCUCCCCCAAAAAGUAAAACUUUGCCCAGGAAGAAUAUUAAUAGCUGUGAAGUAGUUUAAUCUGAAUCUUACCAAGUUUUUUUUUCCUUCAAACUGGAAAUUGAGGUGAAUAUUAACUAUCCUUGAUUUAGAGACUAGAUUUUUCUAGAAGCUUUUCUUAUUUUUUUAAAGGU